CUCACAAAUAUUUUCUGAGGUGGAUUGUAUUUCGUUGUUAUAAGUUGGUUCGGUGAUUCUCUCGAUUAUCGCAAUUUUUUGUCUUAUGGUUGGUGUUGCGCUUAAUCACAUUAUUUUGCUCUGAGUCGUCUAUCACCUUGUGCGCUGCAGGAUAGUGGUAAUACAUUACAGCUUUUGCUUUCUCAUGAAACUUGGAGGCUGAUUUUGAGAAGAUAGACAUUGAGUUUCAAAGCUGUAGAUAUAUAGAACUGAUCAUCGCCUCGGACAAGAUGGGAGACAAAGCAGAGAAAUCCCACGACUCUUCCCCGAGCCGCACCGAGCAUAAAGGAAAUAUGGACAUCACAUUCGAGUCACCAACACCCUGUUCGCAAGUCAACGAGGUCCAGUUCUAUAUCCAUCCUCAAGAAACUGUUUCCGAAACUUUAAUACCUAAUCUGCAGCGACAUCUACCGUAUAGUAAUCCCAUCUACAACCGAAUGCUCGCUCCCCAGAACACACCCUCUCGACAUUGUCUCUUCGCCGCCACAUUUCCUCCAUAUGGUCCAGUUCCUGAAAUAUACACUAUUAUCUUCUCUGAUCGAUCUCGCAAAACGGAGUCUCAGAUCUGGGUUUUUAAUCCGUUGAUCACGCCAUCUUAUCCGCAACCUCUUUCUCAAGAAUAUACUUCUCUCUUAACUAUCCACCUUAAGAUGCUUCUACAAUUCCUAAAGGGAACUGUUAUCCUAGAAGCUCCUGGGCAUCCUUUCCAUCCUAUUCUUAAAUUUGCGUGUCUACACGAAAUUAUCACGGAUACUUUAUCCACUCUCCUUCAAUCUCAUUGUCAAUCUCAAUCAACAUCUUCCUCAGUUAUCGCCCACCACACCCGCUGGAACCUCUAUCUGAUUCCUACAACUCUCUUCGCUAUCCCUUUAUCCCGCGACUCACAACCCUCUUUCACCAUAUCCCGUGUUCCACCCGAACAUAUCCACCUCGUGGUUUCUACCUCUUCCAUUCCCCGAGAACCUAGCACACUACUUGCGCAGCCUUCGUUUUGUCUUUUGAAUUCUGAAAGAGAAAUGAUUGCCUGGGCUUUUAUCGGUAUUGAUGGUACACGUAAGUAAUCUUACAAGUUUUUCAAUCUCAUGCUUUCCAAUCAUAAUUCCCUUGCAUUUCCCCUUUCAUAUUUCAUGAACUUCUCGUCUUUGAGUCUCUCUCCCUGUCUCCUCUCCUACUUCAUCUUUACCACCUAAUUGAUCACUAAUACCUCAAAGUCGCAACUCUCUACGUGCAACCCUCAUACCGAGGCCAGGGGCUCGCAACGUAUAUUGCGCGCUUACUAGUUCAUCGUCUUGGAUGUGGAGAAUUUCGAGAUUUGGGGUUUACUGGGGAGAGUGGGUGGGUGCAUGCAGAUGUUAAGGAGGGGAAUAGUGGGAGUGAGGGGGUUAUGAGAGCACUUCGGGGAAAGAGAAGUUGGGUGAGUAGUUAUUUUUGGGUUGAUUGUGAGGGGUUGGAUUUUUGGCAUGGGAGUAUGGAUUGAUGGAUUGAUAGAUGGUUAGACAGAUUAGAGAGGUUACAAAAGUAGAGGAGAAGAUAUGUGUAAAGAGAAUGUAGUUGUGUUAAAGAUUAUAAGUAUAUAACAGAGGAUAAACGCAAGUCACUUUUAGAGGAAAUGAAAUAGGAGUUC